UUGAAGGCGGUGCUUUUUGACCGAGGAGUUUUUUUGUUGUUGUAGUUUCUCGCCGAAACUCUUGAGCAAAACAAUGGCAAACAACUUUCAAAACGUGACUCUUUCUCUAACUUUACCCAUAUCAUGCCAGAUCUGCCUUGGAAAGGUCCGCCAGCCUGUCAUCUGUGCCAACAACCACGUGUUCUGUUCUUGCUGCAUGGACAUCUGGUUGAAGAAGGCUAGUCAAUGUCCUUCAUGCCGAGUUCCCAUCACUUCAGAGAACCCGUGCAGAGAAAUUAUAGGAGGAACGAAUGAGAGCGAAAGCCAUUCUGUGAAGAAACGCCUCCGAAAGACCAGAGGAGAGCUUCUGUUGAGGGAAUAUGAAGAUGAAAUGGAAGGUCUCCUCAAAGAGAACGAAGAGCUGAGGAACAAGAACCAGAGCAUGGAGUCCCGGCUGAAGACGGCACUAGACCCCUGUACCAUAACAGCCGGCCAGAGAGAAAACAAGGGUGUAGACCCCGGUGUUCUGGAGGAAUGGAGCAACAAGCUGAGAGCCGCUACAGACGGCUACAGCCAGAUCAAACUGGAUGUGGAGAAACUGAAAGAGGCUAACAAGAUGUUACGGUCUCAGAAUAUUGACCUGGUCCAGGAGAACAUGAGGUUGAAAGCUGAGGUUGCCAGCAGAUCGCCUCAGAAGUUUGGCCGGUACACCGUAGCAGCGCUGGAAGCUAAGAUCCAUCAGUACGAAAGAGAUGUGGACCACCUGAAGAGAGCUCUGGAGCGCAGCGACCUGUACAUAGAAGAACUGGAGGCCCGCGGUGGACGGGGAGCUGAGCCCCCAGGGCCACACCGAUGCCCGUCCAGAGAGCACCUCCUCUGGGGAGGGGGAGGCCGGGACCAGGGUCCACUACCAGAGGAUCAGUGCCACGAGGCGGAGCCGAGUGACGUGGAGAAGGCCUCCAUCUGCGCCAGUCUGGAGGGAGAGUCCAAGACGCUGUCCGCUCACCAAAGCUACCUCCUGGCGGCCUCUAACGCCGUGGAGCUCAACGGCGCCGGCUCCGAGACCUUCCGGGACCACCGGAGAGGUUUCGGCGUGGGCGUGACGCUCGCUGGACACAACGACUCGAUAGAAACUGAUAGCAUUGGCGCCAUCGCUCCCUCUGACCUCCUCCUCCCCUCCACCCCCUCCUCUGCCUUCCGCUCCCUCAGUCUGAAGGGUCCCAGUGUUGGUGAAGACAAGAAGCUCGGUUGUAAGUCUGUGACCUAUCUAAGGAGACUCAGUUUUGAGGACGGUGUAGAACCCAGCAGCAGCGGUGCCUCCAGUGUAGGAACUAAACGGUCCAGGCUCACUGCUCAGUUCUCCAACGGUGUGUCUUCCAGUAACGUAGCCGAGCCAGGAGGCUCCACCACCACCACCACUAAGCCGGCGUUCUGGGCCGCAGCCUGGCACAGCCACAAGGCUUCUGAUGUGACCUCUGUGACCUCUGUGACAUCACCCAAUCACAUUGGAGAGCAGCAGCUCAACACGUCAUGGGGGUCGGGGCACAGCGAGAGAGACCCAACCGUGGGAGCCACCACGUCCCAGAAUCGGACAGAUGAGGAGACGGACCCCAUGUCCAGCGAAGCCUCCAUGGACGCGGCCUACCUGGAUAAGAUCUCUGAGCUGGACUCUAUGAUGCUGGAGGGGCCCGAGAGCUGCAGCAGCCGCAGUUCGGCAGGAUCACACCUGUCCUCAGGAUCACACCUGUCCCUGGCCUCCUCCCUGAGUUCUGCCGACUCACCGGACUUGACCCUUGACCUCAGACUGGACGCGACCCUAGUGCCUGAGCUGGAGGGUUGCUCUGAAUCCUUCCUGGGUCCUGACUCCGACCAGGACCGAGAGGGAGGUGGACAGACCGAGGCUGAGGGUCGGGGGAGCUCGUCGUUAAACCAGAGGGGGAGGAGUGAGGGUUUAGACUUGGCAUGCAGCAUAAAGGGAACCUCUUCGGCUACAGUCAGAGUGUCAGAGACCCAGGCGGCUGCUCCAGCAUCCACAUCCACCACGACAGGAGCAGCCCAGUCUGGGUUAACGUCAGGAACCGGGUCCGUGUCCUCCUCUGGGAGAGACGUUAGCAGCAGCAGCAACCACCAUCUUCUAGGCUCUACAGGGCCCGCUGGAGGACAGACAGGACGCAGCCACCUCUCUGACCCCUCUCAGACUGAUGAACUGUCCUUUGACCUGCUGUUUGACCCCUCAACGGAGACCAAGACAGGACCAGGAGGGCCGUCAGGCUGGCAGGCCUCAGCCGACCACCAUGAUGAGGACAGUGACAUCUCUUCUGGCUGCUCGGCAGUCGGCUCUGGAGAGAUCACCGUGAGACAGAAGAGCACAGUGGCUCCUAGUCAGGCAGCCAAACGGAAGUCUCACAGUCCUUUUAACAUCGGCAGUCCCUCCAAACAUUCUAAGUUGAUGUGAUUGUGAUGGAGUAAACUUGGCCCUGCACCCCGUCACUGUAGACUAGCCUGGAUACCAGUCUGUUUCUGGUCUCUAAUGUAGCCUGGGUGCCAGUCUGUUUCUGAUCUCUUUAAUAUAGCCUGGGU